AUGCCCCAGAGCACCAACUCACAUGAGAGCUUUCGCCACAGACAGGUGCUCUGCAUGUCCUGUCUCCUCAGGGAUCAGGGCGAGCAGGGCAUGGCCACCAGCCCCUGCUGCUACAACACCCCCCGCUGUGCUGCAAUACAGCUCUGGAAAAGUGUGAUGGCUUCAGCUUUGGGCUGGACUCUUGCAGCAUUUUUGUUAAUGGACACUAUGGCCUUCUUUCCUGUUCCAAUCCCACUUGUAGUCAAAUCAACAACUCAUGCAGACGUCACACGGAGAGCCAUCCUGCGCAAGACAGCUGAGGUCUGCAGGGACCUGGCCCAGGCACAAGGCAGGGACUUCAUCCUGCUGAUUGAUGACAAUAUCACCCCGAAGCAAGUGAUCCAGGCACACUAUAACUUGAUAAAUGAGAAGGUGUCUUCAGAAACAUUUGAGGAAGCUAUCCAAUCGAUUGUUUUAAGCAAUGCCCGGGUGGAUCUGGAGCACAUGUCAAACGAAGAGUAUCAUUUUGACAAUGAGUCCUUUCUGAAGGGAAAAAAUCUCAUUACUGCUGGGCUAGCCUGUGUGAAAGCCAACAUUAGGCAGCAGAACUUCUAUACAGCAAGAAAGAUUCUGGGGCAAAUUUUCCAUACUCUGCAGGAUUUCUACACCCACAGUAAUUGGAUUGAGCUGGGAUACAAGACUCCUUUUUCAAACUUGAUCCAACCAAGUAUCUUGAUAAAAAAUGUUGCAGCUAAAGGUGAGCCAACAUGCAGUGACUGUGCUAAGGGGACAUGUCCAACCAACAUCCUCGAGAGUAUAUUACAAAGAAAGAAGCUCACGUCGGGGUAUUAUGAUCUCAAUCCUUGGGCAUCAAAGCCAAAAGGGAAGUGUAGCCAUGGCGGUUUGUCUGACUUUACUAGCGAUGAUAUCCCCCGUGGAGGUAUCAAUAAGGAUACUUACAGUUCAGAUCAUGGCACUCUGCAUGAAAUCGCAGCACAGAUAGCCACCACAGCUACUAUGGAACUGCUGCAGGACAUCCGCAAUGCAGCUGGAGAUGAUGAGUUUCUAUGGUUGAUGGGAAUUUAUCGUCCUUUUGUGCUCUGUUUUGUCAUUGACACCACAAGCAGUAUGUCUGAUAGCAUAGAAGAAGCAAAGAGAAGAUUCAUCUCCAUUAUAGACACAAAACGUGGAACCCCCAGUGAACCCUCUGCUUAUAUUCUGGUGCCCUUUAAUGAUCCCGGUUAUGGACCAGUGACAAGGACAAAGGACCCAGAAGUUUUCAAAAAGAAAAUCAAUGCUCUCAGUGCCAGGGGAGGAGGUGAUGAGCCAGAGAUGUGUCUGUCUGCCCUUCAGCUGGCCCUCACCAGUGCCCCCCCUUCCUCAGAGAUCUACGUGUUCACUGAUGCCUCAGCUAAGGACUCCUACCUGAAGAGCACCAUCAUUGCACUGAUUGAGAGCACCAAAUCUGUGGUCAGCUUCUUGCUCACAGCCAGCCUGUCAUGGCGGCGACAGAGGAGCAGCAGUGGUCAGAAACACGGGCAGCUGGUUGCUGGUCGAACCUCUCAAGAUGCAGCCCUGCUGUACCAGGACCUGGCACAGACAUCAGGGGGGCAGGCAGUACGCGUCAGCAAAGUUCACGGUCGGAUGUCAGAGGCCUCUGCUAUCAUUUCCUCCAGUGCUGCUAUGGUGACACUGUUCCAGUCUGUGAGUGAUCCAGGAAAAACAGAGGAAAUAUUUUCAUUCUAUGUUGACCCCUCAGUCAGUAACCUCACUCUCUACAUCACAGGGAGCUUCCUCAACUUCAAACUGCAAAGCCCUGCAGGUUUAUCUCAGACCAGUUCUGUGAUAGAAGGACCUUUAGGCAGGGUGCAUGCUGUGGGAAAUUUAUACACUGUGUACCUGGAGAACCAGACUGGACUGUGGGAGAUCAAUGUCACAUCCUCAAGGCCCUGCACCAUCAAAGUCACAGGUCAGAGUGUCAUCGGUUUCCUGUAUUCCUUUGUGCAGCUCUUUCAGGGACCUCACCCUGGCUUGGCAUUGAUCGAGGGGCGCCCCCAAGUUGGCAAGAAUGCCACUCUGUUAGUGUCAGUAACGGGCUCCGAGUCUUUGAGAGUGACAGAGGUCUCUCUGGUGUCGGCUUCUGGUUCAAGAGUGCAGAGGGGCAGUGUUACUCCAUUGGACAGGAAUGACAGGAGAGAAUAUCUGGUGUCAGUACCCAGUGUACCUGCAGGGCAGUUCAGUGUCUUACUGAUUGGGGUGGACAAUACUUCAUCCACACCCUUCCAGAGGCAAUCCAACACUCACUUCACAUCCACCAGCAUUGAGGUCAAGGCUCAGGCCAACACAAUUCUGGAGCCUGGAAAAGAUUUCAUCAUCCCCUUCACUGUAGCAACCAAUGGGAUGGGAGAAACAUACACCAUCAAUGCACGAGAUGACAAGGGAUUCAUCAAAGCAUUCACAGACAA